GAGAGAAGCCCUGGGUACCACUAAUUGAGGGAGUGAGGAAGGGAGCAGCUCGCUUCUAACUGGACUGCAGAUUUGUAACAGUGUCCUGAGCCGGUGACAGACCUACUCUGUGACUUUCAGUCGGAUUCAGCUCUCACAUUCCAGAAAACAUGACCCUCGCUGCCUACAAAGAGAAGAUGAAGGAGCUCCCGCUGGUGUCACUGUUCUGCUCCUGUUUCCUGGCCGACCCCCUGAACAAGUCAUCCUAUAAAUAUGAAGGCUGGUGUGGGAGACAGUGUAGGAGGAAAGAUCAAAGCCAGCGGAAAGACAGUGCUGACUGGAGAGAAAGAAGAGAGCAGGCAGACACGGUGGACCUGAACUGGUGUGUAAUUUCUGACAUGGAAGUCAUCGAGCUGAACAAAUGCACCUCGGGCCAGUCCUUUGAAGUCAUCCUGAAGCCGCCCUCCUUUGAUGGGGUGCCCGAGUUCAAUGCCUCCCUACCCAGGCGGAGAGACCCAUCGCUGGAGGAGAUACAGAAGAAACUAGAAGCCGCUGAAGAACGAAGGAAGUACCAGGAAGCUGAGCUCCUAAAGCACCUGGCAGAGAAACGGGAACAUGAGCGGGAGGUGAUCCAAAAAGCCAUUGAGGAAAACAACAACUUCAUCAAGAUGGCGAAAGAAAAACUGGCCCAGAAGAUGGAAUCCAACAAGGAGAACCGAGAGGCCCACCUUGCCGCCAUGUUGGAACGGCUGCAAGAGAAGGACAAGCACGCGGAAGAGGUGCGGAAAAACAAGGAGCUGAAGGAAGAGGCCUCCAGGUAAAGCCUAGAAGCCAAAGAAGUUUCCAGAACAUCCGGACAGCUCCAGCAGCUCCGCAGUUCCCGAGGCAGCCUCGCCCACCGCUGGCUGCUCUCGCAGCACUGGGGUUUGGGGGGAGGGGGGCGGCCAGGGGUGUUCCCUCUGCUUUUGGUGUUUGUACAUGUAAAGAAUUGACCAGUGAAGCCAUCCUAUUUGUUUCUGGGGAACAAUGAUGGGGUGGGAGAGGGGAGAGGAGAGAAGUGGGGAGAGGGAGGUGGAGAAGGACUCAUGGACAUUGCAACACUGCCCACCGCAGUCUCAGGUCAAGUCCUCCGCCUUUCUUGACCGUGAGCGUCCAGGCACCAUGUUGAGAGAAGUGGAAAACAGAGCAGAAGUCCGAGCGAAGGGCAGAGUCCUGGGUGGGCAGUGGCUGCAGGGUGUGGCUGGAGAAGCCCAGCGAGAGGGUGGGGGGCUGGAGGUGUUGCUUCAGCCCUGCAACAGGUGUUGAGGUCUGCGUGUGUGUGUGUUAAGCAUCAUCUUUUGAUCAUCAUGACCAAUGAAACAUCUAUUCCAA